AUGGUUGGCUUUAAGCUACCUCUCCUCCUUAUCCUGCUGCAGGCAAUCUUUGGGUCUGCCUACCGUUGGUUCAACUGGCAGUACGAGGUGACUUGCGAGUCGGACGCGUACGUCACUCCGGAGAGUGAGAAUGCCACUGCUUUGUUCCUCAAGCAGCAGUAUCCCAAGGGCUCUUUCAUCAAGGUUGUUGGAAAUGGCCACGGAUUCGGCAACCUCACCACCUGCGUCGAUACCGCCACCACCAAGACUCCCUCGUACAUUGUUUCCCUUACGAACCUGAAGCACCUCAACAUCGACAAGAAGAGCAUGACAGCCACCUUCGGUGCCGGUUGGGAUGUCUUUGAUCUCACCAAUGAGCUCAAGGCCAACAACCUGUCUUUCAACAACCUCGGUGCUGAGCGUGUUCAGAACUUCGUUGGUGCUACGUCUACUGGUACGCACGGCACUGGCUCUCUGGUGGGCAACAUUGCCACCCAGGUCAUUGGACUUCGAGUGCUCGACUCCCAGGGUAAUCUCCGAAUUGUCAAUGAGCAUACCAACGCCGAAGAACUCAAGGCCUUCCGCAUCAGUCUUGGCGCCCUUGGUCUGAUCACCGAGAUGACCAUCAAGGUGCAGCCAACCUACCUCCUGAAGAAGACAACCAAGGUCCUGAACGCCACGAAGGACUAUAACAAGAUGUACAACGAGAUCUCCCAGCUGUACAAAGAACACGACCGCAUGACCGUGUGGGGCCCACACUUCGACUGGGACGAAAAGACUCAAGACUGGUCCAUUGAGCCCACGUUCUUCGCCUCGUGGUGGGAGCCAACCACCUACACCGGCGUCCACAACUGCACGCUCAACUACUGCGCCAACGGAUGCGGCGACUGCAUCAAGAACUACAUAUGCUACGACGAAGUCACAGAUGCCAUGUCCUGCCCGCCGCAGGGAGUCUGCACGCGCGAAUUCUACGCAGAGAUCGAGCACUUCUUCCCAGUCGAGCAUCUAGCCGAGGCGGCCACCAACUACACGCUGUUCCAGCAGGCCCAGACCCCACGCAUGAAGGGACCAUACAACGAGCAAAUGAUAUUCCAGCUCCGCACCCUCAAGGGCGACGACUCGUACAUGUCUCCUGUCAACACCUACAACCUGGAGCCCAAGAACAGUGGAGUCUUUGCGAUCCUUGAGAUUGACUGGAUCCAGACCUACAACGACUGGAACACGCUCUGGCGCAACCAGGAGCUGGCUUAUGAGUUCCUCCCUCACUUCGGUGAGACGUACAAUGUUCGCUCGCACUGGAACAAAAUGGCCGCGCCGAAUGCUACCUACACCUUGGAGCAGUUCCCCAAGUUGCCGCAGUUCCUGGCUAUCCAGGAGCGACAGGAUCCCAAGUGCCAGUUUGUUAAUGACUUCUUGGUUCAGCAGCUUGGUAUUACCCGCUGCGCCAAGUAUCUUUCCUCGUGA